AUGUCUGAAGACCUGGGAUCAGCCUGCCUAAAGUGCCAGGUUAUUGCUAUAGCGAUGGAUGUCUUCACUGACGUUGAUAUUUUGAAGGAGAUUGUCAAUGCGACUACUAGGGGAGUGAUGGUCUACAUACUUCUUGAUGACUUCCAAUUCAAAAGCUUUCUGAAUAUGGCUAAGAGCUUCUUCUGUCUUGUUCAGAACUUGCGAGUUCGGACAGUGAAAGGACAGCAGUACAUGUGUCGAUCUGGAGCAAAGUUCCAUGGAUCUUUGGAGCAGAGGUUUCUAUUGGUGGACUGCAAAACAGUGUUGUACGGUACAUACAGCUUCAUGUGGUCCUUUGAGAAGAUCAACUUCAGCAUGGUCCUGGUGGUCACAGGGCUGCUGGUGGGCUCUUACGACGAGGAGUUCAGACGUCUGUUUGCCCGAUCCAUUCUGGCCGUCACUCUCUCUCAGGAGAGAGACUUCCGGAAAGAGCCGGCAACAGCCACGUACAACCCUUAUUCCGGUCUUCUCUUUGAGAGCAGACUCUCUCUUGACCAGAUUCACAUGAGAUCCAGUGGGAGACAGCUUAACUUGAUGAGUUCUACUGGUCAACAGAAGGACGAUCGAUACAACAAUGGACAGAUGGUCACAAGAAGACUGAGCUUUCAGGACAGACUGAAUCAAUCUCACUGCACCGAUAUGGGGAAACUUGUGAGGGGACACAGCUACGCCGGAGAACUGCCGCAGAGAAGGAAUUCCACAACUCCCUUGAUGAAUGUAAGAGAUGACGCUGGCGGCGCUCACGGUGCCCCUGAGAGAGGCAGACGCAUCGAGGACACAUUGUUACCAGGCAGGAUUAAUCAUUACAUGCAGAAGAAGAAGUAUGGCAUUGACCAACAGCCUCUACUCCCUUUCAGCAGUGAGAACUCUCUUAGCAGGUGGAAGAUCGACUCGUACCUCAAUAACAGUGAUGCGACCCUAGGGGAGCCAGUUGAGAAUCUGCAUCAGCCUGACAGUACGCAGAACCCAACCACAUCAUCCCGUAUGAGAACAUCAGUCCUCUUCAACAGCCGUCUGGCAGAGCAGUCUGAAACUCCUAACCAUAUGUCUGAGCACUCUGUGACAUCUCAACCAGGCAAUCUAUGGCUGCAAUCUCCACAGGGCAGUCAAGGAGUGACAUCUCCACAGGGCAGUCUAGGUGGCCUAAGCAACUUCCAACCCCAACUGACCCCUGCUAGAUUGCGGGAGAGUCAGACGAGAUUGGAAGAGAUCAGACGGAAAAGGCUCAGUUUACAUGAGUAUGAGGAACCUGUCAGCAACUUAAGGCCAGGGCAGAGACAGGAUUCUCUCAGGCUGUCUAUUUUCUCUACUCUCGAAAGAGCUAAAGGAAGGUCGUCAGAGAGAGGCCUGGAUAAAAGGCACAGUGCGGCAGAGCUAGCAGGCAGCUCCGAACACAGUUCUAAUCAGGGACCAUCCAGCCACAGAGAGGAACUCACCCCAGGAGGUCAACAGGAAGAGGGAAACAGAGUUGAAGAACGAAAAUAUAAACUAAACAACUUCAGUGAUACACAAAGGUCUGUCUCACAAUACGAUAUCACGACCAAGACAGAGAGGAAUCCUCUUGAUGACUGGCAAGAGCCUCUCUCCAGGACGAUGUCGGCAGCCCAACUGGGAAUUCAACUAAAGGAACCUUUGCUCAAGCCCUCCAACUUCAGACCAACUGGACUUAAUGUGGAGAGCUCUAAAGGGCUAACAUAUUUGAAUGGAAUACCAGAGGAGAAGGAGGGCCCCACCAGGAAGAGUCAUGAAUCCACUGACCAGCUGGCCAACAGCUCCGACUUGGUGCUCUCCGCAGACAAAGAGAAAACACGCCAAAGUGUGAAUCCAUUGAAACUCAGAACUUCUGUGACAUCAAUAAAGAAUAUAGAGCAUGCCGAUGUUUCAGUGGAGAAAAUGGUGGAGAAAACGCCACACAAGGUAGAAGGAGCAGAACUCCAAAGACAGAAUUCAUUCAGAUCCACACUUCAAAGGAUAGGUUCAGUGAUAUCAAAGCAUUUAGUGCAGGCUGACAUUUCAGCAGAGCAGAGAACCAUCUCAGAUCCUCCUGGAAAACCGUCAGCUGUGGGACUUACUAUAUCACCCAAGGGUCAUUCUCCAAGCCCUUCCAGGUCAUCACACAAUGCAGCUGGCACUGAAACCAAAAAGGAACAACAGCAUAAUUCUCCCAGCCCAGCAGGUAAAUCAUCAUCUCCUGGGUUAACUACUAGCUGGGUUAGAAAGAGCUUUAGAAAGAAAUGUGAACCAGACAAGAACUCUGGAGAGCAAACAAACACCGUGGAGAGUCAAGCAUCAAUUCAUUCAGACACCAGGAGGAAACGAGCAUAUAGCUGGUUUGAGAGUUUUGUUACAUUUGACAACAAGCCUUCAGAUAAACCGACAACUACUGCAAACAGAUAUGACUCAGACAAACACAGGAGUUUGUUUGUGAGACAUCCCUCUAUUAGUUCCAUACACAGCUAUCAGACUGAAACUACACCCAAUGAAAAUAAGCUUGGCCGAUUCAUACAACGGGUGGGGAAUCUCAUCAGCAAGAAGUGAAUGUGUAAAUGUUGUCUAUGAUCAAGGCAAUAACAGCGCUGUUCUAUGACAUGGUUUGUAUUGUAAAUUAGACUGUUAAGUCUUUAGGGAAUUUGCAUGUAUUUGUUGCACUGGUUAUGGGAUACAUUUGAUUGGAAAAUAAAUGUAUAUAUUGGAAUGUUCUAAUAUGGCAA